AUGCGUCGGGUUGUUGUAACAGGUUUGGGUGCUGUUACGCCAUUAGGUGUUGGCAUUCGGCGAUCUUGGAAGCGUCUACUAGAUGGACAAUGUGGUGUCGUGAAUGUAAAUCAUCGCGACAAGCGCUUUGCUGAACAGCCAUGUCAGAUUGCGGCUGUUGUGCCACAAGGUUCUAAAAAUGAUGGUGGUUGGAUGGCGUCAGAGUGGUUGAGUCGCAGUGAUGAGCGCAAGAUAGCCCUGUUUGCUCAGUAUGCCAUGGCUGCAACUGAGGAGGCCCUAGAAGAUGCAGGUUGGAAGCCAACGGAGUUCGAGCAGAGAGAAGUUACAGGAGUUUGUCUUGGUUCUGGAAUUGGCAACUUUGAGGAGAUCUACAACACUGCUAUUGCCUACGAGAACGGAGGAUACAAGAAAGUAAAUCCUCUUUUUGUGCCCAAGUUGCUCAUCAAUCUUGGGGCUGGUCACAUUUCCAUGAAACAUGGGUUUAUGGGCCCGAAUCAUGCAGCUACAACAGCGUGUACCACUGGAGCUCAUUCCAUUGGCGAUGCAGCAAGGUUUAUUGCCUGCGGUGACGCCGACGUGAUGGUUGCUGGAGGAGCCGAGUCCUGCAUCCACCCUCUUGCCAUCGGAGGCUUUGCGCGAGCAAGGAGUUUAGCUACUGACUUCAAUGACAACCCCGAGAAAGCAUCACGGCCAUUUGAUGCAGACCGAAAAGGAUUUGUUGUCGGAGAGGGAGCUGCCGUCCUCAUCCUAGAGGAAUUGGAACAUGCCCGUGCUAGAGGCGCGCAUAUCUACGCCGAGCUUAGAGGAUAUGGCUGCUCCAGUGAUGCCCAUCAUAUGACAGCACCAAAAGAAAACGGCGAAGGUGCAUACAUGGCUAUGAAAAAAGCUCUUAAACAAGCUCAGCUUCCUCCUUCCGCAGUCGAUUAUGUCAACGCACACGCAACAUCUACAGUUGUUGGGGAUGCCGCCGAGAAUGCAGCCAUCAAGACUCUUCUUCUCGGUGCGGAGGGCAAGCAAAAGCCCAAGGACGUCAAUGUCAGUAGUACCAAGGGCGCGGUUGGUCAUCUCCUUGGCGGCGCCGGCGCCGUGGAAGCAGUCUUUAGUGUCCUCGCCAUUCAAGACAACAUCAUACCACCUACUAUCAAUUUAGAUCGUCUUGCUGAUGGGUUUGACUGCAACUACGCGGCAAAACACGCGCAGCCGAGGCAGAUUGAUGUGGUUUUGACGAACAGUUUUGGCUUUGGAGGAACAAACAGCAGUCUUUGCUUUGCAAGAUAUGCGUAA